UCCGCUUCGAUUGGCUCACAUGCUAGCUGUGUUUUGUAGUUAGUUAGCAGUUUACAGGUUGAAGAAUGGGGAAAGAUGAGUUUAGGUGUGUUGAAUGUAACGAAAAAGCAUCGGAGUUACACCGGGAUUACAGUAACGAGAUCUUGAAGAUAACCAUAUGUGAGUCGUGCCAGAAGCCAGUGGACAAAUACAUUGAAUAUGACCCAGUUAUCAUCCUGAUUGAUGCCAUUUUGUGCAAGACGCAGGCUUUCAGACACAUUUUGUUCAACACAAGCUUGAAUAUCCACUGGAAGCUGUGUGUGUUCUGCCUGCUGUGUGAGGCGUACCUCAGGUGGUCUCUGCUCCACGGCGCCGAGCAGAGCAGCGACCCUGCUGACAUUAUCAGGUACACCAAGGAAUGGGAGUUCUACGGCUUGUUUGGACUGGCCGCCCUCGAGCUGUCAGCGUUCUGCGGCGGCGUGCUGUGGUUCCUUUGGGUGGCGGUGGGUCGUCUGCAGGGAGGGACCCCCGAGCUCAGCCUGCUCCUCCGAGCCCUGCUGCUGUCCUGCUACGGCAAAGUCCUCCUCAUCCCCGCUGUCAUCUGGGAGCACGACUACUCCCCGCUGUGUCUGGGCCUCAUCAAACUGUUUGUGCUCACCUCUAACUCGCAGGCUAUCAGAGUGAUCCUGAACAGCAGCAGACGUGUGUCGCUGCUGGCCGUGUGUUUCGGCCUGCUGUCAGAGACCUGCGUCGCUCAGGCGUGUAAAAAGCUUCCAUGGAGCAUCCAGGACAUGUUGACAUUUGAGGGAACAUCAUGAGACCGAGAGAAAUGUGUGUUAUCUCAGGGAUAAGUGGGCUACCUGUGGCAGAGAGAGGACACAGAAGGAAUGUUUUGCACCUUUCUAUCGGAGCAGAAGAGACUUUAAUAUCUUUCUGUCCUCGUUGUAGAGCAAUGAUCCAUCUUCACUGUGGAGGGAUAUUAAGCAGGUGGCAGUGUUCCUCCUGGUUCUAAAGUGCACAUUGACCUCAAAGUGACCUUUUUCUUUGAUUUGAUGACUUCAUUGGGAACAGACGUGCAGCGAGGAGCUGCAGCGAGGGAAUGUCCCGGGAUAUAAAUGUUUCUCAGGGCGACACGCUGCGAUCGACACGAACACAGACCCCGAGGUUGUGAUGCGACAAUAACUGCUUCUCUGUUUGGACGAGACCCGGACAACACUCCUCACAUUCAUUUGCUCAUUGGUCAAAUGCUUCGCUUAACUCACACACACACACACACACACACACACACACACACACACACACACACACACACACAGAAUUGACUUUCCCAUUAUUUAUUGCAGUGCUGAAAGUAUACGUGUCACUGUGACAGUCGGGACAGUCACAGCUGAUGUUUGAGUUCAGUCAGCACUCUUUUGUGACAGAGAGUGAAAGAUGCCCUUGUUUCCUUGUUUUGUCUGACCAACAGUCCAAAACCACCAAAUAUGUCAUUUACAAUUCUAAGAAACACAUAAAAGCAUUUUAGAAGUUGGAAACAGAAGAAUAUUCAGCAUUUUGCUUGAUAUUUGACAAACUGUUAAUCCUCCUCCUCGUCAUCAGCUGUUUAUUUGUUGCAGGUUUUACAGAAAUAAUUGAGAUAAACAUUGUUAAGACCAGUUUAUGCCACUGAUGUAAAGACAUCAGGGUUAUAGUUUGGGUUUUACUUUUUUCUUUUGGGUGUUUGCUGUCUUUAUCAAAGAGAUAAGAAAGUGCCAAGUUGUUUUAUGGCGGUGUUAAGAGCAGUUAUGUAAGCGGAUUUCUCAAAAAAUAAUAAAUGGGUGAUAAAAGCCUUUUAAAUUAAAUUAAAUACAUUUUCAAAUGACCUCAAGCUGCAAUAAGUUCUCCCACUGCGCCUCCUGAAUAUUUCUUGUUAAAAAUGGACUUUUUCUGUAUUAUUAUUUACCUCUGUACUUGUAGAGCGAGUUUGUUACUGAAUGUGAUGAAUGUUGCAGGAUGAGCUCUGAACCGUCUGUUUGCAUCAAGUGAUGACGAGACUAAAGACAAAUAUUUAGUAUUUCCACAGAGUAGACUCGUGAUUUGAUUUUGUGCAUUUAUGUAAGUGUGUGUGUGUGUGUGUGUGUGUGUGUGUGCGCCGCGUCUGCACAUGGAUACAUGUUAUUACAGGCCUGUGAAUAGUUGAGACAGCACACGAGUGAGGAAUGUUUUGUUAGGUGUCCUCACCCUGGGUGGAUCUGCAUCACGGUCUCUGCGGAGAACAACACCGUCUGGAUUGUUUUAAACUUCAUACAGAAAUGUAACACACUUGUUGUGCAGGAGAUAAUCUGCUGUUCUCAUGGAACUACACAGUAACAGUGUGGUCCAGUUUGGAGCUCAGUUGUGCAACGUGGAGCCUACAUACAGGCCCAGGGAGCCCCGCCGUUACGGGAGACUCUUCUCUGAAGCGUAUCGGCACAGCGACCGCCCUUUCAGAUGUCUCGCCUACCUGUUUUUAAUCCCAUCUUUAAUUGAUGCAAACGUGUUGUGUGUGUAUAACUUGUUGAUGUAGUGUUUAAUUGUCUUUGUGAACACACCUCUGAGGGAGUUUCUAAAUGUGGCAUCUGGAAAGUGUCUGUCAAUUACUGUGGCAUGCAGUGGUUUACUCUGACUAAUCAGAUUACUGCUUGUUGAACAGUCUGGACCAGAGGGAAGCGAGGAGCUGAAGCUGGAGACUGUAACUCCAACCUCAAGUCAAUUUACCCUCCCGGUGCGUCGCCUGGAGUUUUCCUUUCUAAUAAAUUCAGACUGAAGGUUGAUGUUCAUUGUCAUCCAAUAAUCCCUCAUUAUAUUCCCAAAUAAAAGAAAUGUGGGCAACAGUGAAGCUCAAUAAAAGCGCAUUGUAAAGAGUCUUAACGAGUUUACGCUUUGAGCUCGCUCGUCAAAUGCUGAUAAUG